GUCCGCCCUCGACGGGCUCGUUGCAGCUUCACGGAGAACCGGGCGACGCAAGUGCUUGAGCUCAAUCUCUUCGUCGUAUGCCCGCCCCCAGCGACAGAGCCUCUGUGAUUGAUUUCCGUCUGAUGACCAAUGGCGGGGCCGCGCGCGAGCCCUUAUGUAACCCCACGGCGAAGCCGACGUUGACCCCAACGCUCACCUCGACUCCCUCGCAUCUUCCUCCCAUCUAUCAUCACCGAGGCACCUUUAGCCUUUGACCCGGUCGAUCCUUUGCAGCCUCCUGUCUAUUGCCGCGCCUCCCUUGGCCCCGCUCAUCAUGGCGCCCAUGUCGCUCAGGAAUAAUGCCUCCUCAAGUACCUCGGGGGUUCGUAAACGCAAGAAGCCGCCCGCGUGCGAUUACUGCAAGGCCCGCCGAGUUAUCUGCCACCCCCAGCCAGAUGGAAAGCCUUGUCCAAGAUGCGUGGAGAAGGAAGUCACAUGUACGACGACACCAGUCGUGAGGAGAAAGCCGAGAAGACGAGCGGAUGAUGCUGACGAAGCUGCUCCUGCUCCCGCCCCCGCUCCCGCGCCCCCCGCACCUUCGACUACUCCGUCCCAGAACUCUAGCUCCUCUGCGAGCGGAUCAGGAGCAAGCAAGAAGAGCGCCGAGAAGAGCCCUCCGGCCCCUGCGCCACCUCCACCGAAACCACCUGCUUUCAAAACAAACAAUGCUGUCCUCUCCUGGCGCGAUGCCCAUCCGCUGCCUUGCCCACUCGUCGAGGAGCUCAUAAAGCUCUUCCCCUUCCUGCCACAAUGCCAACUCCCCAUCAUACCCUACCGCCGCCUUCACGACCAGCUCGAGGCCUGCGAGUGGGACCUAUCCCGCCUCGACACGCACAUGCGCGUCCUCGCACAGGCCAUCAUGGCCGUGACCGCGCGCGCGUCCACCAACCCCCUGAUCGUCGGCGCGGACGUGGAGGACGGGCAACUCGUCGACUUCCUGUCGUCCGGGAACCUGAUGAUCACGCCCGGGUUGGACCUGCGCCAGCUCGGGCGGAGGCGAGACACGAUAUGCAGGCGACUGCAGGACGAAGCCUGUCAGGCUGCGUUCGAGACGGGCAUCACGAUGGUGACAUCGGAGGAGAAUGCGGCGUCGUGUUAUUUGUUGGACUUCCUUGAGUCUUCCACCGAUUGCUUCGACAACCCGCUGACAUGGACGUCGGCUAUGAUGUGGCAUAUCCGAGGACUCGCGGAGGACGAGGAGCAUGAGGAGAUGUUCAGCGUCAACUAUCGACGCUUGCAUUGGCCGAUUCAGCUUCUGAACUGCGCUCUUUUGGCCCUUUGUUCAGGCCGCUCCAUUCCCUUCACCGAACACGACGAGCGCCUCAUCUGUGGCUCUGCUCCUGUGGACAUAGAAACGGCCACCUUGACUCUCGCCAACCAGCCAGUGACCGGUCAGGCCAUCGGGGAGUUUAUAUAUCCUUUCUUGAGCCAUGUCAUCCACCUCGCCCGGCAGAGCUCUGAGAACGUCAUCGGACCUUACGCCAAGCGCUUCCCCUUGAACGAGGCCACGCUCAUUAGCCACCUCGCCGCCGUCGAAGCGCUGCAGAAGACAUGCGUCUUCCUCCACGACUGCAUCGAAUACGCCAUCCCCCGCGCCAAGCGCGACUGGGUCCGACCCGCCCUCGCCAACGGGCUCUUCAUCACCGGCCUCGCCGUCCCCAGCCUCCUGGUCCCCCUCCACAAGGAGCUCAAGCGUCGCCUCGCCGAGGGGUCGAUCACCACCAUGCACCGCGGGACGGAUGGGAUAGGCGAGCUCUCCGUGGACACGACGAGUCGGACGCACGAGCGCAUCGAGCUGCUGCACCGCCAGGUGCGCUCGAUGGCGCUGCAUGCGGUGGCGCAGGCGACGAGGCGGGCGCGGGAUCUGCCGAGCUUGAUGUAUAUGACGCAUCUGCAGUGCUCGAGGUUUGCGGCGUGGAUAGAUCUGUUCGUGGAGGAGUGUGAUCCGGCGGAUAUCCCGCCGCUGGAACGGUUUGAGUGUUUGGAGAGGAUGUGCGCGAUCAUCAAGCUCGACGGCUUUGCGUGGGUGGACCGCUCGGGGAGCCUGGCGAGGGUCGAGGGCGAGAUGAACCUCCUGCAGGCCCAGCAGCAGCUCGUACCGCACUUCACGCCGCGCGCCUGGGCUGAUGACCUCGACUUGGGAAGCGGUGGUGGCGGUGGCACGGCGUUCAGCGACAACGCCUUCGGGGAUCUGCACGGCAAUGACGACCUCUAUGACACCGCUUGGAACAUGUCGAUGGGAAGUAGCAAUUCUCUGUCCGGCGCUCGCAUCUCGCCCGACUUCUCGUCGACCACUGGUAUCGGUAACAUGCUGGACUCGGACAGUCGUAUGCUGGAGCAAGCGCUGCUCCAGUCGAACUUUCUUUGACUUUCUUUCUACCUAGAUACUUGUCUUCUGCUCUUCUUCCUCUUACUUAUGGACAUCUGGGAGGCGCUAUAGCUAGCCUCUUGUUAUACGGAACCUAUAUAUGUACGGACUGUAGUACAGAACUACCUACCUCGCAGUGAUAUCUAAAGUGCAGGCGAAGGGUUGUUAAUAUAUCGAUGAACGAGUAAGAAGUCUAU